AUGUUGAGAUCUCUUACCCAGAGGCUGUGGAAGGUGUUCUUCUUACUGACUUUACUGACAGUUGGAUGUGGACAUGCCAACUGCACAAAUCGCCGAUGUCUGGCUGAAAUGUUGGUGGACAAAGAAUAUCUCUCUCAUCCACAAGAUGAGAACUGCACCCACACUAUUUGGGUGCCCUUAAUUGAGUACCAGACUCUGUCAGUCGACACGAAGAAUCUCCGCAUAUUAAGUUUUCUGCGGGCCUCACUCGUGUGGACCGAUCCUGAGCUGGCAUGGAACACGUCCGUUUACAAGUAUGACCAAGUGAUCCUGCCAGUGGAUACAAUCUGGACCCCACUGCUCCAUGUCACUAACGGAUUAACGAGCAAUAUGUACCACAAUUCCAAUGAUCUGCUGGUAAGCAGUAACGGCACAGUGUAUCACACUGUGAGCAUAAAGGCAGAGGUCAACUGUGAGGUCAACAUGUUCAACUAUCCCUUCGCUAGUGAUCAAUGUCCCGUUGCGGUCCAAGCCUGGUCCAAACAUGGAUGUGGGACAGAUUUGUCAUUCAGUGAAUUAAGGAUGGUCGAUGGGGCCCAUGGAGACUGGAAAACUGACGAUGUGGAGCUCAAGAAAAAAAGACAAGACCGCAAUUACAUCCUGGUGUCUCUGAGCAUUAAAGCUUCCAACCCCUUCAUAACGUUACUGCUGCCCAGCAUCCUGAUCAUCUUGACCGAUGUGGUCAGCUUCGCUCUGCCGCUGGGAGGCGGGGAACGCAACUGUUUCAAGGUCACGCUCGUGCUCAGCUUCAUCAUGUUCCUCAUCAUCCUCAACAACCUGCUCCCCGGAGACGGCGACUGCAGCCCCAUCAUCCGAAUCCACUUCUGCGUCUGCCUCGUCCUCUUGGUGGUGAGCAUGUUGUUUUCCAUGGUGGCGACGCGCUUGUACGCAGACGGCCGCCUCCUUUUCUGCUGCCUGUCCAACUCAGAAGACACAGGAAACGAGGAGGAUGGGAUGGAGGACGGGGAGGUCAAAGGUGACAUCAGUGUCAUUCAGCUGAGCGGCUCAGAGGACAACAGUCAAUUACUCGGAAAGGUGGUCAACUUCCUGGAAGCUCUUGAUGCCAAAACACUGCAAAUUAAUAGAAAUCAGAUGUUUGCCGACAAAGUGGACAAGACAUUUUUCUGGUUCUACUUCAUUUGUGGUACGAUAUACUUUAUUGCCAUGACGUAUGUGAUGGUAAACUAUGAAUGCUCAGUUGACCAUUUUGAUUUCUGGAACUAAUAAAACACUAUUAAAAAAAACAGCUAA